AUGGCUGAGAAACGCGAUCGAUAUGGUGUGCGGGGAGAUCCAUCGAUUGCGCCAGGAGGAAAUGCUUAUGGAAAUGGUAUUGGAGGACGAGGGUUCAAUGGACGCCCGCCCCCAGGUUCAGGAUUUGAUGCCGAUGACAGCUCGUUUUUAGGCCGUGGAAAUGAAAGAUAUGAUUCUAUGCCCCCAAAUACACCCAUGACACCUUACACACCUUACACACCAUAUACACCACAUACACCUUAUACCCCAAUGACUAUGGGAUAUGACGGGGGAGAAAGUUCUCUUUCAAUCGGUACACCGAGGCAUGAUCGAUAUUAUGGCGGGGAGAGUGCGGUCGCGGGACGUCCAGCAGUAACACCAGCAAAUGCAGGAUACCAGGGUGGAGUAGGCUCUUAUAAUGUCGGCACACCACGAAACGAUCGAUACGAUGGCAGAGAAACUUAUGUCGAAAGGCGCGAUCCUAGAUUAGGAAGAUAUAAUCCUGCUGAGAGUACCAUGUCUGCUGACACGCCGCGAACUGGUCGAUUCGAUCCAGCUAUGGAAAGUUCUAUCGCGCAUCCCGAUACGCCACGUACCGCUCAUUAUGACACCACUGCAACCACUAUGUCAAUGGACCCAUCGCGAACAGGACCAUAUGAUAAAGAUAAUACAACCACGGCAGCACCGUAUUAUGAUCCGGCACAAGCGCGAGAACGUGAGCGACAAAUGAUGGAACGGGAGAAGUUCGAGCGAGAGGGAGGAAUGCGCCGAUCGCCAGGAAUGGUACACGGCCCACCAAGUACAAAUUAUCUGAGUACAUCUGGCUCAUCUACUUCAUCAUACCUCGAUAUUUCUCGCAAUUAUCCUACCAAGGGUUUUAGCUUCAGGUCCUUUUUCACGACGCCGUCCGAAAAGUCCGAUUCAAAAAAGAAGAAGGAGAAGAAGAAAAGUAAGAAGUUGACGAAACACAAUAGCUCAUCAAGCUCCUCUUUGAAUGAAGAUCUAGCUUUCGGAACUGGAUUUUUGAGAUACAGAAGGAAGAGGAGUGUGAGAGCUAGGGAUGGAAGGGACAGGCAAUGGGAGACCGUUGGAUAUAAGAGUAGCAAGGAAAAUCUGAGAGAUACCCGACCUGCCAUAAAUGAGAGACCCACGAGCGGGAAACGACUAGCUACCGAUGCUGAAAUUUUGGCUGUAGGUGCUGGACUGGCUAAGCUUGCAAGAGACCAUAUUAAAAAGGAGAGGAUUGGCAAGAAUGGGCGUGGUGCUCGUGAGAGUGCCAGUUCCUCUCGCCGAAGAGCCAGUCGUGACACCGACCAUAAUAAUGAUGAUGACGCAUGGGAAUCGGCCUCUGAUGACGAAUCAGACUCAAGUGUUGAUGCUGGUUUGGCGUUCGGAGGUGGUAGUAAUGUCGGCAAGAGUAAGGGUGGCUUUUUCGGACGCAAGAGAGUGCAUGGACCAAAGAGUCGAAAGAGUAGCGUUGUCGACCCAAGACUUCUUGGACCAGUGAACUCCCUCAAUGGAUAUCUAUCAGAUAGGCAGGUCGGCUUUGAAGACGUGCAAUGGGAGUCGGGCAGCGAUUUCGGGCAACAUACUUACAUCCCUUAUAACCAUCAAGAUAGGCCAGCACCAGUUCCUCUCCAACAACCUCAACCCAUCACUCCGGUUUCUCAGAGCGUUUACCAUGAGCCUAGCUAUGUUCGUUCCGAGUCUGGCGGUAUCUUGAAGAAUUCUUCCGGUAGACCUAAAUCUCUCGCCGGAGCAGCCUUUGCUGGAGUGGCUGCAGCUGCUUUCGGGGCUGUGAUUUCAUCUGCUCGUCGAGAUGAAAAAGAGAACUCCCGGGAUGAUGAGAGAAGAGAUAACCGAAGUUAUAGUGAAAGCGCUAUCAGUAGACAAGAGGAAUAUCGCAGAGAAAGACGCGAGGAUCAUUACUCAAUUGCUGAUAGUAGCAUCUCCAAACCUCGGGAUGACGAACGAAAAGAGCGCCGUCGCGAUUAUGAUCAAUCUUCUAUUGCUGAUAGUAAUCUCACAUGGGAUGAAAAACGAGAAAAACGUCGCGAGGAACGAAGAAAAGAUGACUCCAGAAGCUCAACAUCUAAUUCUGAUCGUGACAGGAAUCGAGAAAGGACUCGUGAUGAUCCUGAUGCAGCCGCAGAAGAGCGAGAGCGAAGAAGACGAGAGAGACGUGAAGAGCGUCGUGCCGCUGACCGCAUUGAAGAUAACUAUGAAGAACGACGAACCCACGUACUUUCUGAAAUAUCUGCCAUUGCUCGCACGCCCACAGACCCAUUCCAAUAUCAGCUUACAGAGUCACCUACCCGUGAGGAAAGCUCCAACCGCCAAUCUAGAGAACAAUCUGAACCAAGUGUCGUUACCAUUGCACGUGAACCAGACUUUAGCUCGAAGCGAAGCUCGUCUAUCAAAGAUACAUCUCUUGUCUCCCGUUCCGAUCCACCUAUUGAUGUUUCUGACGAAGAUGAUCGGGAGCAACAACGCAGGGACCACGAUAAAGCUCUUCAUGAUGCCGAACACUCUACAGCUCCUAUUGAAGCAGCAGCCAUCUUAGCUGCCGCUACUGUUAUAGUCAGCGAAAGCUCCCGAGAAUCAAAGUCCUCCAAACGAAGAGGCGAGAGACGAACCGACUCCGAGGAUGUAGCAAAAGACGAAGUAUCAACUGAUGACACUGAAAAAUCACGCGAUGAAGUUAUGGAAGAAGCAGAUAGAGCUUACCGUGAGAUCGUCAUGGCUAGGAAGGUUGCUGCAGAAGUUCGCCGUUCCCGAACUCCAUCACCUGAGCGCUCCAUCAUGGACAAAUACGAGGAAGAGCCGGAGGAAGAACCACCACGCAUCGUCACUCCUCCGGGCAUGCAUGAACGAAAGAAAGGUCCAUAUGAUGCACCAAAUGCUGACUUCGUCCUGGAUUUUAUCAUGACGCCUAAAGAUUUCAAGGUCUACAGCAUCCCGAGCAGGCGAUACAAGGUUGACGAAGCAGAUUUGAAGGGUCCAUUUAUGACGAAAUAUGCGGACUCUGGAUUAAACCGGCCUCUCUUGAAUUUGGUCGUCCCUACUCCUAUCUCAACACCAUCACCGGAAAAGCAAUUUGCAACCGCCGUUAAGAAUGGAAAUGGGAACAGGAAGACUGACAGCUCUAGUCGGUCGGAUGAUCGCUCGAAUGAGAGACGCCGUUCUGAACCUGAACCUGGACCUGAACCUGAACGUUAUUCGAAACCUACGGUUGAAGAGGAAGAGCGUGAAGAAAUUGCUACGCGAUCGCAAAAUGAGUCAACCCAAUCCCGAGUUGAAUACCAGGAUCGCGAACAAGAACAAUCAUAUUCAUUGGUGGAUGAAUUGGUUGAUGAACCUAGGGAUAGGAUUCAGGGCCGCGAACAAGCCCAAGCAUAUUCAUUGGCAGACGAGCCUAGGGAUAGAGAUCAGGAUCGUGAAAAAGUUCAGUCAUAUUCAUUGGUAGAUGAGCAUAGGGAUAGGUUUCAAACCCGUGAACAGAUCUCAUCAUAUUCAUUGGUAGAUGAGCCUAGGGAUAGAGAUCAGGAUCUUGAACAAGCUCAAUCGUAUCAAUUGGAAGAGGAACCCAGGGUUAGAUUUCAGGAUCGCGAACAAGCCCAAUCAUAUCAAUUGGAAGAUGAACCGCGUGAUCAAGACCGUCGAAAGCGCAGCACAAGAGAUAUACCUCCUAUUGUUGUUGCUCCAAGAGUAGACCUUGUUCGCUCAUCUGAAGUUUCCGUUCCAUCUCCCACCCAAUCAACCGUCUCAAAAGCUGUUACUUGGGGUCCGAACGAGACUAAGCACUUCGAGGUUGAAAGUCCAACUGAAACAAGGGAUGAAUUUAUCUCUGAUUCAUCGCCAGAAACUCCUGAGAAGCCAAGAUAUUCGGAGCCAAGGUCGGAGCCGGAGUCUGAACCAAAAUCUCCAGGCGGAUGGGCUGCAAUGGCUGCAGGUAUUAUCAAUGCAGGUGCAGCAGUAGCCAGCCCGAUCGGGUCUCCUAGACGACCUGAGGUAAGUGAACUUGCUAGAAUUUUGAAAGCUAGGGAGAAGGAGCGUAAUGAGAGGGCUUAUGAGUACCGAGGCGUGGUGGUAGAGCCUGAGAGUCCAUACGGAGAGCCAAGGCGUGAAAGCCCACCAAGCGAUAUGAGGAGAGACAGCCUGCCUCGUGAAGUGGCUGUCGAAUCUGAAAAUUCUCGUGCAGAGUCGAGACGAGAGAGUCCUCCUCGAGACACAAGAAGUGAAACUCUACCACGGGAUUCAAGACGAGACAGUCCGCCAGGAGAUGCCAGGAGAGAAAGUCUAUCAGAGAAUACGAGAAGAGACAGUCCAUCUCGGGACACUGAAAGACAAUAUCUCCCUCAAGCAACUAGAAGAGAUAGCCCGCCUAGUGUUGGCCCUAAACCUUCCUUGCUACAAUCUUCACAUAUACCUGGCUCUUUUGACGACGAUUUGGAUUUCACUGCAACAGUGGCAGCUGGUUUGCAAGAUACUGGCUUCAAUCCUGAUCUUGUUAUUGAGGAUCCUGCGUUCCGAAAACGUGACUCUCCACCUGGCUCUAAUGAAUAUGCAUACAAAGCACCAUGGGCAGAGUCCAUUACUGACGUUUCAAGCACCCCUGGUGAGGAAUCCUCAAAUCGUGGGUUUGUCAUGGGUGAGGUGCCAGAGACCCCGAAGGAUUGGUCGAGUGUAUCGCCUGCCGACGAGGAAUCCUCAAGGCUUGCUAGGAAAGAACAGAAAAGACGUGAUAAAGAACGAAGACGAAGUGGUGGUGAUGUAUAUUCACCAAUGACAGAUGUCAUCGUUGAAGAAUCAGAAAGCUAUUUUGAUUCUUCUAGGCAGAGCAGAAAGGAACAAAAGAAACGUGACAAGGAGGAAGCAAGAAGACAGUCGCUUCUGAGGGAAGAAUCUUCAUUUGUUGAUAUCUCACCCGAUGGCGAAUUCGUUGAAGAGCCGGAAAGCUACGUCGAGCCUGUUGAUACUCCUAAGAAGUCUAAAAAGCCAUCUCGAUCAUCGACAUACGAUAACGAUGACGUUGAUCCAUCUGUUUCAACACCGAAAAGGAGAUCCAGCAAGCGCUCUUUAACUUACGAUGGUAAAGUCGAAUCUCCAUUGCGUGAAAGCCAUAGAUCAUCAUUGCGUGAAAGUCACAGGAGCUAUUCUUUGGAUGAUGUCAAAAAUGGCGACGAAUCAAAAAUACCAAGAAAGUCAAAGGAGAGAUUGCAAGGCAGGACCGAUUCUCCUGAUCCUUCACAAGUCCCAUUACCACGUUCUGAAAGUAGUCGCGAAGAGCUUGACCUGUCAAGAGAGCCAGAAAGAUCAUCACGUCGUGAAGGUGAUCCCUUGUGGGCGUCAUCUCGUUCAAUACUAUCUGCUGAUAGCAGCUCAAAGUUUGACGAAGAAGAUUCGCCACAAAAGAGCCGAAAAGACCGCAGCAGCAUUAAAGAAGACAAUGAGAGUGCAAGAUCAAUUGCUUUGGAACCCACUCGCAAUGAAAAUGAAGAUCCAAAGAAGAAGGCAAAGGAAACAGCGCCGCGAAAAGGUAGUGGAUUGUUUGGUUUCUUCAGUGGUUCUAGGGGGGAUACAUCAAAAGAAGAGCCAGCGAAAGGUACUCGCGACGACGCUGACGAGGCAAAAAAGAAAAAGAAAAAACGUAGUUCAACAUCGGAUGGAAUAACUGGAAGUCAACCUUUCGGCGAUUUAACCCAAGUGGCGUCGAAUGAUGCAAAUGGCCAAAGGUCACGCGGUGAGGAUGGUGAGCAAGAAUUUAGGAAUGAUGGAGAGAAGAAGAGGAGUAAAAGCUCAGAUUCUAAGAAGAGUUCUUUUUUAGAUAAUGCCGGCAUCCUUGGCGCGGGUGCCGGCCUUGCUGCUGGUGCAAUUGCAAUUUCUGCUCAGCAUCAACAGCAAAAUGCCGCUAAUAAUAAUGAUAGCGAGGGGACUACGGGGGAUAUGGGGGCUAUGGGAAAGAGAGGAGAGCAGGAAAUGGAGGAAGAUAUACUGGAUCCAGAGAUUAUCGAACGACAAAUCAGACCCUCAAUUGACCCUCAAUAUGGAGAUCUUUUACCAUUACCGCCAAGUGGUCCAGUUUCACCUAAUUUUGAACCAAUUGAUGAUCUGCCCAAACUUCCUGAAAGUCGACCUGGAACCCCGGAAUCUGAGAAACGUACUGUAGGUACACCAAGGGAGAAGACCCCGCGAAACCGUAAGAGCUUGCAGGAGACACCGGUAAAAUCUCCAAGCCAAAGUGCCGUGCCCUUAAAAUUCGUCAUGGGAAAUAGAUCCAAUCCGGCAUCACCCAUCAUGACGAGAUCAACUGGUAAUACCCCCUUUCCGGCUUUCCAAUUUUCUCCAAUUCCAGAAUCAGCCAUAAUUCCAAGAUCUAGAUCUAGGCCUAUGUCAUGGGACAACACCAAGGAAUUCCAACCCCUGUAUUUAUUAGAGACUAACAAACGUGGGUCUUUUGUACCAGAAGAGUUAGUUGAGCCGCUCCCACAUUUACCACUGUCCCGCACCAACUCCGAGCUUGACGUGGCGGAUCUACCCGAAUCGGGCUUCUUGGAAGAAUUGGACCUUCACCGCCCUUCUCUGGACCCACUUUCAACCAACCUCCCCUCCGAUGAUCUCGCCUCCGGAGAAUCCACACCGACUACGAUAACCUUUAGGAAAAAUUUAGCGCCAUCAGUGGAGUUUCCUCGAGAUUCUUUCCCCUCAAUAGAAGCAAAGCAAAAUUUACCUUCCGAUGUUCAUUCUCGUGAACAAUCUCCACCUAAAUCAGUAACUCACGCCAUUGGAGUCGCAGCAAUUUCAACUGCAGCUAGCCUUGCUACUGCAUCUCGUGACACAAGCAAUGAACAGGAACCAAGAUCUUUUCAUCAGAUCCAGGACCAGAGCGGAGACAAUAGUUCAGAGUCAUCCGAAUCACAUGACAUAGCUGUUACACGAGAGAAGUCAUUACAAACCUUUAGUGAAACUUCAAACAAACAAGACAUGAGUAUUGAAGAGGAAGUCAAACCGACUGAAGAAUUUCCUUUGUUCGAACCUAAGAAGAAUGAAAAGAUUGGAGAAGGUUUGCCGCUAGCAUCAGAUGAUGUCAAUGAUCAAACUGAGAACCUUUCGGAGCCCGUUCAAGAACCUGAGCCAGACUUUAUUCCAACUGAGGCCGAAAAUUUCGAGCCCGUAGAUCAAGUCUCUAUUCCAUUGUCCAAAGAAAAGAAGGGUAAGAAGGGGGAGGCUGAAUCUUUGGGGACGGAACCGGACCCAAUACCGGAAAUCCAAACCAUAACCCCAGGCCAAGGGGAUACACAAGAACUAAGCCUCGACCAUGCUUCAAGUGAACAGCAUAACGUGACCGAACCAGGCCAAGAUAUUGCCGAAGAGGUAGCUACUCCCGUUGAUGUCAAGCCACUUGGAUUUUUGACGGAAUUGAAGAAUGAGAAUACAAAUGAGGAAACAGGCAAAAUUGACCUAUCUUCCGAGCCUGAAUUUGAGAUGGAAACUGUGGACAGCAUAGAACCUUCUGAACUCAUGGAUAAAUCCCCUCCAGAUGACAUGCCAGAUGACAAUCAACAACAGCAAGUGCCGGAGUCUAGUCAAGGAAUUGUGCAAGAACCUGUGCCAUGGGCCGAGAAUAGCUCGGUUGAGGAAUCCUCUAUUUCUAAUUCAAAGACCGACAAUGAAGCAGAAAAUAUCACUCCUGAGAUGGAGGAACUCUACUCGGAGCUAGUGGUUGAACCUACGACUAAGAUGCCCAUACAAGAACGAUCACGCGAAGAAUUCCCAGAGCUUCAUCGAGACAUUUCAGAUCCAUCUUCUCCCCUGAUUAACCCCAAUUCGCCAACCAUCAGUGAUUCUACACUACCUGAGACACCGGGUGAUAUCACCCCCAUAGUCGAUGUAUUUGCUAGAUCUAAAUCGAACAGAGACGAGGAAAAGGCCAUGAAAGCGAAAUUUAACUCUCUUCAUCCAGAGCAGGAAGAAGUUGUGAUCGAACCUAGACACAAUCAACCUACCGUUUCUCAAAUUCAAGAGGAUACUUCUUUAGAUUUGUCUCAAGAUCCAGUUGAAGAAAGAAUUGCAGAGCCUGCUACGCCUGCCGACGCCAAUCCGGUGGAAGAGUCCUUGACUACGCAGUCCAAAGAAGACAAAGAGGAAAAGGAACAGGCUAAGCGGGAGCAAACUACGGAUAUUGAGCAGAAAGUUUCUCCAGUUGAUACUAUUCAAGAGCUGGAGCAACUUCCCGAGGUUCAAGAAAGUGAUGUUGAGGAAAAUUCAGUGCUCGAUGACAUUCCCGGAAGUUUUGCCCCUCCUUCGCCCAAGCAGAAUGAAGAGGAGAGAGAAGAUAGUAAGGCUGCAGAUUUAGAACACCCCGUGGAAUCACAAAUCCCUAGUCUUAUACUAGAGCGUUUGUCUGAAAGGCCAACACCAAUGAUUGGUCCCGGUGGUUGGCCAGAAACUCCCGAGAGUGUAUCGGAAAAACCAACACCGGUGAUUGGUCCUAAUGAUUUGCCAAAAACUCCCGCUGCACUCCCGACUUCCAGUACAAAAGAAACUUCUAAAUCGAAUGUUAAUGACUACUUGCCAUCUGCAGAACCUAUAAUUCCAGUUUUUGCUGCUGUAACUGCUGCACUCGGCGCUGCACAACUAAAAUCCGACGAGACUUCUCAAGAAAAAAUUGGGCUUGAUGGUCUUACUUCCGGGUAUGCUAAGGAUCAACCUAGUCCUGAGAAACAAUUGCAAGAGGAAUUCGAAGCAGAUGCUAUGCCAAAGGAUACUCCUAAAGACCUGGGUGAAGAUAUUACCAAACUUGAUGAACAUCCGGGCGACUAUCAAGAAGAUGAGCUAUCCCCCGCUCCCCAAUUACCUGCAGAAUUAGUUGAAGAAUCUGAAGAGGAAAAGGAACGGCAAAGUGCUCCUCAAACACCACAAGACGAACAAGUACAGUUCUUUGAUGAAUUAGAGCAAACUCCUGGAGCUGAGCGUCAAAAGGAGGAAAAGUCAAUCCUCACUGAGUCUGAAACUCCUAAUGGACUUGAUGCUGAAUCCCAAGAGGACCAACUGACACUUGUUGAACAAUUAGAAGAUGAUUUCGAGUCGGGUAUUGGUAAGGAGAAGGAGCAUGAAAAUCAAAAUCAAGAUGGUCAAUUGCCUUCUGACAUCAACCAAUCGGAUAAUGCUACCAAAGAGUUGAACGAGCAAACAGAUAUGCCUGUCUCUCAGCCGGAGAUCGAAGAUCUGACCAACGAACCUGUACUUAAAGAGCCGAAGGAGAUUGAUAUGACUGACGAGAAACAGCAGAUACUCGAUGAAAGUGCUUCUGUUGGUAACAUCAUUACCGAAUUGACUGCAUUGGGAGAGACACCUUCAAUUCCGCAGGAGCAGGAGAAGAUCGAAAACGUACAUGUCUAUCCCGUUAUUGCAGAGCCAAAAGUUGCAGAGCCAGAAAUUGCCGACAAGAGGCCCAUUGAUUUGAUCAUUACAGCUCCAGAAGCUGAGGCCUUGACACCAAGCGAGAAGUCCGAGGAACAAACGAAAGGUGACAGUUUACCAUCAUCCGAUUUUUCUAAAGAAAUCAUGGAACCGGAAAUUGUGGAGGAAAUGAAGCCUGUUGAUGUCCCUGAGCAACAACCUUCCGAGGACUCUUCUAUCAUUGUCGACCCUGAAGCCGAACUUGCUACUCCUGACAAGAACCAAGAUAAUAUGAUUGAGCCGACGCAUGUCGAGGACGCUUCUCUAUCCCCGACUGUAGACGAAAUUAAGAAUGGGGAAGCCAAGGUAGAAACAGUAAAGUCUCCUGAUAUUCAGCAAGAAAUCACCGUCGCUCCUGAAGUACCUUCUAUUGUGAACCGUGGGAUUGAGUUCUCUGCACCUCCCAAGAGAUCUAAGAAAGAUAAAAAUGAGCGCGGCAAGCAAGAGCAAGACUCAAUUGAAGAUCAUAUCGUGUCCAUAGACAUUACACCUGCUGAUGAGUCGUCCAAAACUGAGCCUCCAGCUGAGCAACAAAACACCGCACCUGUCGAACAAAUCAUCACUAUUCCCGCCAAAGGGUUAGCUCCUUACGACAUGCUGCCAGCCGCACCAAUGACAGCAGGGCUUUCUGGACUUAUGGGUCCCUUGACAGGAAGAAGGUUGAGUGUUGUGGAAAUGGUUCGAACUUUGGGAUGGGGAAAAAAGAAGGAUGAUGCAGCUAUAGCUGCUGCUGAGCAAGGACUUCCUCCAAGACCAUCCACAGCACGCCCCGCAUCUGGAUCUGAUGCAACCCACGGUUUUCCCGAGUUUUCUAUGCCAAACGCUGUUGAGGGCGGACCCACCACAACACUGACGCCUACUUCACAACUUAGGGAAUGGGCUUUGCCAGACAAAGACUCGGAGGAGAUGUCGGAGAAGGGCCAGAACAUUGUAAGCCCAGAUACCGAGGCAAUUCCAAGUAUAGUCGUUGAGGAAGAACCUCUAUCCACUAAGCCCAAGGAAGACACCACCAAAAAAUUCUUGGAACCACAAGUCACAGAACUGAACGAGGAUUUACAAGGCGACCAAUUAUAUGAAAGACGUCCGGGCAGGAGACGUCGCAGCAUAUUAUCUUACCUACCGGAAGAAGCGUUCAAAGCAAUGAGAGGAGAAUAUGUCACGAUCGAAUCGAUAACUCCAUCCCUGACAGUGGACCCCGCUUUCAUCCAGCAAGCCCGUAAACUCACUUCUGAACCAAGUUUCGAUAGGCCCGUUCAAGGGGAGAAAGAAUCUGAAUCUGUACCCGAGGUCUCGAGCGAACAAUCGACAAAGGACAACAAGGAGCAUCAAAUUUUGCAAUCUUCGGUGUCGGAGGACAUGGCAAAGGAAGAGGCUGUUGAUGCGUCUGAAGAUGCUGCUAUUGAGGAACCUGAGAUUCAAACACCAGAAAAUCAUGAGCCCUUGGAGAUCCCACAUGAAACUGUUCCGGAAGAUGUUGAAGCCGCUGAGGUGCCAUUCGAGGAUGUUUCGGAGGCCGUCGUCGACAAAUCUAGCGAGCCUGAGGGAUUCCAUCGUGAGGUUGCCCAAGAGGACGUUUCCGCGCCACAGCCACAGACUGAGCAAAUCCUUGAGCCAAUGGUUGAGGGGUCUGGCAAACUUUCAAAAUUUAAUGGUGCGACUGACCAGGAAAAUACCUUCAUGCCGGAGCCACUGCCUGCAGAUUCUCCAGAACCAAUUUUUGAAAGAUCAGGUGAGUUCACUGGAACGCCUCGCGAUUUCAGUCAAGAGGAUAUUUUUGCGCCACAAGAAGCAAUUGAGCAUAUUCUCGAGCCAAGUGCAACUGGCAACGAGCCUUCUUUGCCAACAGAAUCCAUUUUCGAGGAAGUUACGAAGAAUGUCGAGAUUCCUGACCAAAGUCAUGUUGGUGAAUCCUCCUUGCCGAGAGAAACAAUUCCCGAAGAUAUCAUGGCAUCUGUUGAGUAUUUGGAGCCUAAUCCAGGCCUUCAGGACACUUACUUGACGAGAGAACCAGUUUCUGAGAAGCCUGACAAGAAUACUGAAUCUGUCAUGCCAAAUACCGUUGAUGAUUUCCCUUUACCAAGACACGAUAGUCCAGAGGACGCCUCAAGAGAGAUUGAAAACGCCGAGCCAAUUCACAGUGUCGAAGACAAGGCCUUACCACGAGAACCACUCCUUGAAGAAACCAGCAAGGAUGCCAAUGAGUCUUUGUCAGGACAAAUUACCCCACAGGACUCAAUAAACAUAGAAAUACCUGAGCCGAUCCAUACUAGUGAAGAGAGUUUCUCACUUACGGAACCUGCACCAGAAACUGAGACGGCCAAGCCAGCAUCAAGCGAAAUUCUCACUGCCGAGGAAACGGAGUCUCAAAAUGAACCGGUUUUACGUGGUUCGAACACGUCCAGGAAGAACAAGGAAGACAAACUCGAGCCAGAGCCUGAGGUGCCAACAGAAGUCACUCGGGAGCCUGAAAAACCCCUUACUGAGGAACCAAUGUCAGAGAAGCCUCUUGAAGCCAAGGGAUCGUUUGGCCGUGAAAUCUGUGAGCAGCCUGUUGAAAAAUUGGUCGAAUCCACUGAAACAGAAAUCCGCGAUCACUUAGGUCCUGCUUCAGUGCCGCUUCCAGAGGAGCCUGUCGCUGAGUCCAUGGAAUUUAACGAGCCGGCUUUGAUACCACUUCCCGAAGAUUCUUUCAAUGACUUCAUCGAACUUAGCGAUCCUACCCUGGUGCCAAUGCCGGAAGAUUCAUUCGAUGAAUAUACUGAAGUUAAUGAGCCUACUUCCAUACCACCGGAAGAUCCUAUCAAUAAGUUUAAUGAAUUUAACGAGGCUGUUUCGGUGCCACUGCCGGAAGACUCAUCUGAGGAAUAUAUUGAAGUUGAUAGACAAACUUUUAUGCCACUACCGGAAGAGUCUUUCAAUGAAUUCAUUGAAACUAAUGAGCCUGCUUUGAAGCCACUUUUAGAAGAUGAAUUCUUUGAGAUUAACGAGCCUGCUUCAGUGCCACUCCCGGAAGACUCUUUCGAUGAGUUUAUUGAACUUAACGAGCCUGCUAUGAUGGCACCACAUAAAAGCAUCAUCAACCAGUCCGUUGAACUUAAUGGACCUGCUUCAGUACCACUCCCGGAAGGCUCUCUCGAUGAGUUCAUUGAACUUGAUGAACCUACAAACUCCGACGUUCCAGAACCGUAUGUUGAGGAUAGUAUAUCGAAUUCAAUCCCCGAGAAAGAUUUCGUCAAUCCAGAAGUCAGGCAGCCUAAAGUUCGUGAGAACUUGGAUUACUUAGAGCAUGCUGCAUCGAUCCCACUCCCGGAGGAUAUUGUGGAGCAGACGAUUGAAAGGCCUGAUGUUACAGUCCCUGCGGACAGACGAAUAUUGGACUUCUCAGGACCGGUUUCACCAGUCUUUACACCGGUGCUCUUGCCCGGAGAGUUUCUUCCAGCAGAACCAUAUGCCGAGACGGAAAUCAGAGCUGUCGAACCAGAAUCGGAAGAAAUGCCAUUAAUUUCAGACGUCCCGAUUGCUAAACCUUCCGGCGAAACAACCUUCAACGAACCACAAGAAAGUGAGGUUAUUCCCGCGGAGCCAAGCCAAGAGACAGAGCAGAAGCCUAUUGAAUCGACCAGGGGGCUCAUCGUAACUUCGAGCAAUAUAGAGACAAAUAAGUCUAUUUCUGAAGACGACUUUGUUGAGCCAGCCAGUGACUUGUCGAUGGAAGCGUUUGACAAAGAUGAGAAGAAACAAAAUUCGGAAGUCGAGAUGCCAUCAGCUGAAGAUAUUAGUACCAAAGCUCCAGUGAUGUCUUCAACAAGUCACGAGGCUGAUGACAUACCACCUCAAGCUAAUGCCCAGGAUUCCGUGCAAUCAGUUUCAGAGAAUGGGCAAACAAGCGAUGAAAAUACCAUUCUUCCCACACUGAAAGAAGUCGAUGUUAGGCAAGAUAAUAAUUCCGAGACAACUUUAAAGCCCUCUCUCGAAAACCAAGAAGACAUCGAAUCCGUGUAUAAAGAUAUUCACGACUUGCCUGAAUCAAACUCUACAGACGCCUCAAGUGAUAAAUCCCAAAACGACAUAAAGAACGUCAGACCUCUCAUCUUAAAUCCCCCAGGUGAGCUUUCUACACAGAGCAACUCAAAAAUGACCCCCUUUUCUCAGCCGGUUGUCCAACCUCCAACAGAGGAACUUCAUCGUGAUAUAACAAGUGAAGAGACUGCAGGUGCCACGGCCGUGCUGACUAUAUAUCAAGAACAGACAUUCGAGCCUGGACUAGCAGAAGAGGUCUCCAACCCCUUUGAGGAGCCAGUUAUUGAGUCAAUGAUAUCACAACCACAGACGGAUAUCCUUCAGGAACCAGUUGUUGAGUCCGAAAAUGAAAGGGAAGAAACUGCUGCGCCACAGGAAUCAACUGCACCGCAAAAUCCAACAAUUGAGUUAAGAAUUACCAACGAGGAGCCAACCCCUUCAUCCCUUCCAAUUAUGGAGCCAGAUAUUGAGACGGAAGAAGCUGCCGUACCUCGGAAGUCAACAAUCGAGUCAAAUGCCAAUGAUGAGGAGCCAUUUCCUUCAUGGGACCCUAUUACUGAGCUACAGCUCAUGAAAGAGGAAGGUUUCAUCUCCGAGGAAUCAACAUUCGAGUCAACAACGUCGCAACCACAGACGAAUAUCUCUCAAGGCCCAUUUGUUGAACCAGAAACGACAAAAGAAGAAAGCUUUGUACCUCAAGAAUCACGAAUCAAUGAGGAAGGGCCAACUUUUCAACAAGAGCUAGAAAUUGAACCAAAAGUCUCCGAUCCUCCAGUCAGUCUUGUACAAGACUCGGCGACUAGCCCAAUAUUCUGGAAAGAACAACCUGUUAUCCGAAAGCCAGUCAUUGAAGUCAAUAACCCCAAGCCAGAAGAAAUCGCCUUGCCAGAAUCGCCGACUGAGUCGAAAUCAUUUGAGCCAGAGAUGAUAUUACCACAAGAGUCUGUAGUUGAGCCAGAGACUAUUGGAGACGUCCCAAUCAUUCAAGAGCGUGCAAUUGAUUUUCCAAGGCCAGAUCUUGAAUUAGAUGUCCCACAAGGAGUACCUCUUAAACAGAGUGUUGUUGGGCCGGAACAUAUUCCUCUGCCAGGAUCACCAAUCGAACAGGAGGUUUUUGAACCGGAACAUAUUUUUUUGUCAGAGUCACCAAUUGAACUGAGUGUUGUUGAGCCUGAACAUAUUCCUCUCCCAGGAUCACCAAUCGAACAGAGUGUUGUUGAGCCUGAACAGAUUCCUUUGCCAAAAUCACCAAUUAACCGGGAAUUUUCUGAACUAGAAAUCCCGCUUCAACGGGAGCCUAUCUACAAUUCACACAUUUUUGGAGAACCAAUGCUGACUCAAAAGCGCCCAAUCGAUUCGGAAAUCUCAAGCCCUGAACCAGUGGUUCCUUUAGAUUUACCCCUUGGACACAAGGUCUUCGAGCCAAGCCAGAUCCCCUUGCCAGAAUCACCACUUCACCAGGAAACUUUUGAGCCAGAAGCCCUCGUUCGACAGGAGCCUAAAGCAGAACCCUCCAUUUCAGACCUUAUGAAGCCCAUGCAAGCCGAACCUUCAAAGGAAAGUCAUCUUACUAUGACUGAAACAAGAGAAAAUGAAUGGGUCUGGCCUGCCGAGGAGUCGAAUGAAGAAAAAAAGAAUGGUGAGAGUGUCGCUACAUCAACAAAAGAGCCAUCUGAUGUUGCGCAUCAAUUAGAGAACCUUGGAAAUGCGCCACUCGAAAUAACAGAGCCUCUGUCUGCCAGAGACAAUGCAAGAGAACCUGCGCAAGAGGUUUCAGCAGACCCCGAUGAAGAGUCGUUUUUUGACGUUGUAGAAUAUUUCACAGAAGAGGAGAUUGAAGCGGAUCUAGCCCCUCGGAUUUCACAAGAGCAGGAUGUAGUCCCUAGUUUAAAAGAGUUCAUGCUGCAUGAGUACAAGGCGGUACCCGCCGAAGAGUUACAGAAAGUAGAUUUACCACCAGAGAUGCUAAUUGAGGAACAUGCACAAGGGGAGCACAGACCAUCAGAAGAUGAUGUCACUGGGGUCUUGACCAAGAAUUCCAAGGACAUAAAUGAUCGUGAGUUUGGAUUUUCUUCACCGGUACAGUUUAUCCCCAAAGACACCCAAUUAGGAGUACCGGAUGUUGAGGACCUAGUACCUGCAGAGAUAAUAGUCGAUGAAUUCAAGGCCAAGCCAACUGAAGAAAUGCCAAAGGAAGUUCAACAACAAACCAAGGGCGAAUGGGGUCCGGUUUCUACUAAGAAAUCGGAGUGGGACAAGAAGGGUCGUGAAUCUUCUUUGUCCACCCCGUUGGAGCCCGAGGUUCCCAUUGUUGCUACUGAGCUUCCUGAGGAUAUACCUUCAAACUCUGGAAAGCCUGGAGGGCUCCUACCAACUAUUGACGAUGUAUCUGAUACUCAUACGUCUUUCCAGAUUCCACAGGUUGAAACACUCGUUCGCGCGGAUGAUAAUUUCGAUACCUCGCCCGACAAGAAAUGGAAGGAAAUUCCAAGCAGAAAACUUGACGCAGAGUCACGACCCCUGGCCGUACCCAGUACUGACGCUGUAUCCGAAGCCCAAGACGUCAAACCCGCCGAUCUUUUCCUCGCCUCUCCUAUUCCAAUGAGAAAUAUCGUGCAAGCGUCCCAACCUAUUGCGGAGCUGGGGAUAAUUUUACCCAUCACCUCGCCCUCUUCAUCCAAGCAAAUUAGCGAUGAGCCAUACAACAUUUCCACUGAUUUAUCACGAAUUGGUUCAAAGAAAGACAAGAGAAAACGCCAAUCAACGCUAAACCUGGACACGCCUCAAGAUGAUCGAAGUACCUUUUGGGCAGAUGAAGUUCCGGAAGCGGAAGUUGUGAGGGCUGUUCCUGUCAUUGAAGAUAUUGGACGAGAUGAGUUCUAUUCCCAUAUUGCCAGUACGGUCAAAAAACCACAAGCGAAUGAAUUCUCUAGACCACCAGCCAAGAAAGGAAAGAAAAAUACAAAUAGAGAGUCGUUUAAUAUCGAGGAUUUUCGACCACUAACAGAAGCAGAUCUACAGAAAAUUGAGCCAAUGAAUGAACGCAAAGAAAUGCUUUCUGUGGUACCUGCAACUGCUGCAAUUGCUAGUGAAGCCGAUUUGGCUCGCGAGAGCAAGGGGCCAGAAAUUGAGCCUGUCAAGGAAGAGGAAAACCAGCUAAUGCAAACGUUACUCGACAAUGGAGAGGAGAGACAAGACAUGGAUAAUGGAAGGCCAAGUGACGACAUAUUUAAUCAUUCAGGAUUGGACGACAAAGACCAGAAUACGUCUGAGACGAAGGAUGAGUUUGGACAGCCCAGUAAUGAUGGAUUUCGGGAGGAACAUACGAUUUUAAAAGGACCAGAGCAGAUUGAAAAGAUACAGGAACCGAUGAUUGAACAGCACAGAGAAUCAGAAUCCCGAGAAGUUGGUACGCCUACACCUCGCAUUCCUGUUCUGACUGAUGCAGAGUUUGUUCAGGAGCCAGAACAGAUGGAAAGGACACAAGAACUUAUGAUUGGAGAUCCUAGCAAAUCUGCAAUAGUCGAGGCUCGAGAGACCCGAAUCCCUUCGCCUCUCAGUCACGUUCUUGACAACGCGGAUUACGUUCAAGAACCGGAGCAAUUGGAAACCACGCAGGAGAAAACUAUCGCCGAAAGUCUUGCCGAGCCUGCGACAACUAUUGUGCAAGAACCAGAGCAGAUGGAAGCUCCCCAAGGCCAGGAAGCACGUAUUCCUGCUCAAUCCAAAGCAGUGGAAGCUAACAUUUUGCGGAAGCCAAAACAAAUGGAGACAGUCCAGGAACCAAUGGCACAAAUCCCUGUCAGACCUUUGAUAAUGGAAGGUCGCGAAACCGUAAUACCGACACCUCUUCGCCAUUCCGUUUCCGAUAACGAUUGGCAGCUAGAAAUUGAAACAACACCAGCUAGCAAAUCCUAUGCCUCAAGCAUAUCUCCAAGUCCAGGAAGGUCACCAACUGCACAAGAGCCUCGAGGAGAUCUACCAGAAGAGUAUCUCUCUAGGCAUUCAAGAAGAGACAUGGAGAAGAGAAAAAGGAAGACUUCAAUUGAAGUUGAAAAUGAGCAAGAUCUUCUACCUGCACCAAUUCAAGAGGCCUUACGAAAUAUUAUCGUCGAGCCCCGAGCUCGACGCGUCAGUCCUUCGCCAAGUCCAUCUCCGACGGCCGAACGAGCUAAACGAGCUAGAUCCAGGUCCCGUCCUCCAUCUCGUCCUGGUACUCCUGGAUUGACAAUGCUACCGGAAGAGCCAGAGGAAGAGCAUGCUCAAAAUAUUGGCAAUAGAGACAGUGCUUUUGUUAAUGACUCACCAACUCCUCUGCAAGGCAACUUCACCAACAAGCACGAACUUGUUCGUGACAGUGCUAUUCACUUAAGAGACAAUUCGCCUUCAGUGCGUGUCAGGUCCCCAGUGUCAUCAGCCGAUGCAGCUAUUGACAGCAUGGAGUGGCCUCCCGUGGAUGAGGAUGCCGGUACGGUUGAUCUCGAGCAACCGCAACGACCUAAGGUUGUGGAAAACUUAAAACGUCAUGAUCAUGGAGUUGAUGAUCUGCCAUCUCAAAGACACAGAGGAGAAGAGCACACAGAUCUACAAAGAACACAGGCAAUCCAUAGAACGCCCUCCCCUCUUGAAGGAAGGCAUAAACUCACUCGCAAAAGCUCUUUGACUCGUGGAGAGCUGGCAGAAGCGAAUCAUGUAGACUUUGUCCGAUCCCAACGACUAAAGGCAUUCCAAACGAAAUCCAAAGAAAAGCUAUCUGAACCUCAUCAGGCAGAACCAAUCAACAAACCUGUGACCCCGGAAAAGGAACAUACAAGGCAUCGUGUUCACCGUUCCGAAUUGCCAGACGCCCAAUAUCGCAAGCCAAAAGAAAACAAAUAUGGGGACCUUGAAUCUGUUAAAACUCCAAGGGCAGAACAGCGAAGUAUUUCUGAGAGUUCUCCAGCAUUGUUUGGAAGUGCAGCUCUUGCAGCGGCAGGAUUGGGAUUUGCAGCAGCAAGGAGAUCAAGUCAAGAAAGUCGACCUUUAAGUGCUCAAAGUCACAAAAGUCAAAAAUCCGCUUCAAAUAUCAGUGUUGCUCGAUUACGGACCCCAGCUCCAUUAGAUGCGCCCCAUCAGCCACAGUUUCCAGAUAGCGCUAGUACCAAUCGUUCGUUUACACCGCCACUCCGUCGUACCGCCCGAAAAAUUAGCGGGGAUCUAAAAUCGCUCCGUCAACAAAGUAACAUUGAUCUCGCUAAGGAAAUUGGUCCAGCCUCUCUCGAUACCGCUACAUCGACAUCCUCCACAAAUUCUGCAAAUCCAACUGCAAAUGAGGGCCGAGCCAGGGCGCAAGAGAUGGCUGACGUCUAUGAUGGCUACGGCGAAGGCCAUAUGGGCUCACCAAGAUCCCCUACUCGACCUCACAGUAUGCGACGACGACAGAGUAUGCAAGUCUUGGAACUCGAAUCCAAACUCGAUCAAUUAACUGCGGAAAAUCGUGCGCUCGCAGAAUCAAAAGCUCAUGCCGAACAUAUGCUGCGAUCAAGCCAAGGCGCACCUGCGGCUUUGGUAGAAAGGGAUGCGGAAAUCGAUCUACUCAAACGAACACUAUCGUCGAUGCAAGAUGAAGUCAAAAGACUGACGGAGGUCAAUGCGGGACUUACGAGCGCAGCUGUUACACUGGGUCAACAACAUAAUGCACGAUAUGGCAUACUCGAAUCACAACAUGCGCAAACUUCAAGAGAACUGCAGCAAGCUCGCGAAGCUCAUCACAACCUCCAAAACGAGGUGGAUGGCAUUAUACACAAUGCUAUACAAGAAAGAGACCAAGAAAUCGCAUCUUUGCGAUCCCAAUUGGAUGUUGCUAAGGAACAAAUCCGAGCAAUGCAAAGGGAGAUUUUAGCUGCCAAAGCUGGCGACGCUCAAUUCUUGACCAUCCGGGAUGAAGACUAUUUUGAUGGUGCCUGUCAACAACUCUGCCAGCAUGUGCAGCAGUGGGUACUUAGAUUCUCGAAAUUCUCCGAUAUGAGAGCUUGUAGGCUCACGAGAGAAAUUAAUAACGACAAGACCAUUGACCGGUUAGAUAACGCCAUUUUAGAUGGUUCGGAUGUGGAUAACUACCUCGCAGAUAGAGUAAGGAGAAGAGAUGUCUUCAUGUCAAUGACAAUGACAAUGGUUUGGGAAUUUAUAUUCACUCGCUACUUAUUUGGCAUGGAUCGAGAGCAAAGACAAAAGCUCAAAUCUUUAGAGAAACUGUUGUCCGAUGUUGGACCAUCAUCGGCAGUUCAUCAAUGGCGCGCAACCACUUUAACCUUGUUAUCCAAACGAGCAUCGUUUGCGAAACAGAGAGAACAAGAUACUUUAGCUGUGGUACAUGCUAUCUUAGAGACACUAACAGAAAUCUUACCUCCACCGAGCCACCUGGAAGAUCAAAUCGAGGAACAACUCAAGCGUGUUGUUAAAGCCGCUGUCGAUCUCUCAAUCGAAAUGCGCACCCAACGCGCAGAAUACAUGAUGCUACCGCCGCUCCAACCAGAAUACGAUGCCAACGGCGAUCUCGCUAGCAAAGUGUCUUUCAAUGCAGCACUCAUGAAUGAACGCAGCGGAGACACUGUCUCCAAUGAAGAACUCGAGGCACAAAAGGCUGUCGUUAGAGUUGUGCUCUUCCCACUUGUCGUGAAGAAGGGCGAUGAUUUAGGACAAGGCGAUGAGGAAAUCGUGGUUUGUCCUGCUCAGGUUUUGGUUGCCAAACCAAGGAUAGGGAAAGGCCGUGUAGGGAGGGUUUAUAGUCCUGCUAGUGGGGAUGUGGACAGGAGGAGUAGCAGUAGAACCCCGGCUAGUAUGCAGAGCAGUAUGCCUGAUACUAAUGUUAUCUGA